UGAAAUUGUCUCGCUUGCACAUGACGUCUGCGUGGCAUACGUUUGCCUUUCACGUUCCUUUUCGCGAACCGUCUCUCUUCUUCCUCUUUGUGGGGAGUACGCCAUAGUUGGCGUUUUAGUGUUGCAUCUCUGUGUGAAAAUCUUAAAACAUCCAACAUGGUUAAUUUUACAGUAGACGAAAUCCGUGGCAUGAUGGACAAAAAACGGAACAUCCGUAACAUGUCCGUCAUUGCUCACGUUGAUCACGGCAAAUCGACCUUAACAGACUCCCUAGUGUCCAAAGCCGGUAUUAUUGCCGGUGCCAAGGCAGGUGAAACUCGUUUCACCGAUACGCGGAAGGACGAACAGGAACGUUGCAUUACAAUUAAAUCAACGGCCAUCUCUAUGUACUUCGAGUUGGACGAUAAGGAUUUAGUUUUCAUUACCAACCCAGAUCAACGGGAAAAGGAGGAAAAGGGUUUCUUAAUUAAUUUAAUUGACUCACCUGGACACGUCGAUUUCUCUUCUGAAGUAACGGCUGCACUCCGUGUCACCGAUGGUGCUUUAGUGGUCGUGGAUUGUGUGUCAGGUGUCUGUGUACAAACUGAAACCGUGUUACGUCAGGCCAUCGCCGAACGUAUUAAGCCUAUUCUGUUCAUGAACAAAAUGGAUCGUGCUCUUCUUGAAUUGCAACUGGAAGCCGAAGAGUUGUAUCAAACUUUCCAACGUAUUGUAGAAAAUGUUAACGUAAUCAUUGCCACGUAUUCAGAUGACAGUGGACCAAUGGGUGAAGUUCGUGUGGACCCCAGCAAGGGUUCGGUAGGGUUCGGUUCCGGUCUGCACGGUUGGGCAUUUACUCUGAAGCAGUUUGCCGAAAUGUACUCUGAGAAAUUCAAGAUCGAUGUCGUUAAACUAAUGAACCGUUUGUGGGGAGAAAACUUCUUCAGCCCCAAGACAAAGAAGUGGGCCAAGCAAAAGGAAGCCGAUAACAAGCGUUCGUUCUGCAUGUACGUUUUGGAUCCCAUCUACAAAAUUUUCGACUGCAUCAUGAACUACAAGAAAGAAGAAACCGAACAGCUGCUUUCCAAGCUUGGUGUUGUACUGAAGCACGAAGACAAGGAUAAGGAUGGAAAGCCAUUAUUAAAGGUUGUUAUGCGUACGUGGCUUCCCGCUGGUGAAGCUUUACUUCAAAUGAUUGCCAUCCAUCUUCCAUCACCGGUAGUGGCACAGAAAUAUCGUAUGGAAAUGUUAUACGAAGGUCCUCAUGAUGAUGAGGCGGCUCUUGCUGUUAAGAAUUGCGAUCCCAAUGGUCCCCUUAUGAUGUACGUGUCAAAAAUGGUACCGACUUCUGAUAAAGGACGUUUCUACGCAUUCGGACGUGUAUUUUCGGGCAAAGUAGCUACUGGCCAAAAAGCUCGCAUCAUGGGUCCAAAUUACACCCCAGGAAAGAAAGAAGACUUGUACGAGAAAGCUAUCCAAAGAACCAUCCUUAUGAUGGGCCGUUACGUUGAAGCCAUCGAAGACGUACCCUCUGGCAAUAUUUGCGGUUUGGUUGGUGUAGAUCAAUUCUUAGUGAAAACUGGCACCAUUACAACUUUCAAAGAUGCCCACAACAUGAAGGUCAUGAAAUUCAGUGUUUCUCCUGUUGUGCGUGUAGCCGUAGAACCCAAGAAUCCGGCCGAUUUACCCAAAUUAGUAGAAGGUCUUAAACGUCUCGCCAAAUCCGAUCCUAUGGUUCAAUGUAUUAUUGAGGAAUCUGGAGAACACAUCAUCGCCGGUGCCGGCGAAUUGCACUUGGAAAUUUGCCUGAAAGAUUUAGAAGAGGAUCAUGCGUGUAUUCCACUUAAGAAGUCUGACCCAGUCGUAUCGUACCGUGAAAGUGUGAGUGAAGAAUCCAAUCAAAUGUGUCUUUCAAAGUCGCCAAAUAAGCAUAAUCGUUUGUUUAUGAAAGCUUGUCCCAUGCCUGAUGGAUUAGCGGAGGAUAUUGACAAUGGUGAUGUCAACCCUCGGGAUGACUUCAAAGUUCGUGCUCGUUACUUAAGUGAGAAAUACGAUUACGAUGUUACAGAAGCACGUAAAAUCUGGUGUUUCGGACCUGACGGUACCGGUCCCAACAUCCUUGUGGACUGCACGAAAGGUGUGCAGUAUCUCAAUGAAAUCAAAGAUUCCGUUGUUGCUGGCUUCCAAUGGGCAGCGAAGGAGGGUGUGCUUGCAGAAGAAAACUUGCGCGGGGUUCGUUUUAACAUCUUUGACGUUACACUCCAUGCUGACGCUAUCCAUAGGGGAGGUGGUCAAAUUAUUCCUACAACACGUAGAUGCUUGUACGCUUGUUUGCUCACAGCGGCUCCCAGAAUUAUGGAGCCAGUUUACCAAUGUGAAAUUCAGUGCCCUGAAGUUGCAGUAGGUGGUAUUUACGGUGUGUUGAAUAGAAGACGUGGUCAUGUCUUUGAGGAAGCUCAAGUAGCAGGAACACCCAUGUUUGUAGUUAAGGCAUAUCUACCAGUAAACGAAUCGUUUGGUUUCACUGCCGAUUUACGUUCGAAUACGGGCGGUCAAGCUUUCCCACAGUGUGUAUUCGAUCACUGGCAAAUCUUCCCAGGUGACCCAACGGAACCAUCCAGCAAAACUUACACAAUUGUCCAAGAUAUUAGAAAACGAAAGGGUCUGAAAGAUGGACUUCCAGAUCUUGCUCAAUACUUGGACAAAUUGUAAGCUGCAAAGUUAGAGCUGUACAAAUAAAUAUUUUACAAGUACUAAGUUGUAAUUUAAAUAAGUUGAUAUUAAUUUUUUUUUAAUUCAAAUUGGUCGGAACCGGAUAGGAAGAUGUCGGAUGUUAACAGCGGUACAAGUUCCAAAUUGUAAAAAUUGCUAAUCCGGUUUAAUGAAGUGCAUUGUACAGUUAUUCCAUUGCAAGUAAAGUUCUAUUGACGGGA